AAAAUUAAAUAAAUUUCGAAGUAGCGAAGAAAAAAUGGGUACCAGGCAGUUGUAUGCUUGUGAUUUUGAAGUGUUUGGCAAAGUUCAACGUGUUUUUUUUCGCAAAUAUACCGCGAAUAAGGCUAAAGACUUGGGCUUACAUGGCUGGUGCAAAAAUACAUCAGAGGGAAGCGUCAAAGGUCAAAUGGAGGGAACGCAACAAGAACUAAAUGAAAUGAAAUAUUGGCUACAGCAUAGGGGAAGUCCAAAAUCAAGAAUCGAUGGUGUAAACUUUAGCGACAUGAUACCCACUAAUAUGUACACACUCAAAUCAUUUGAAAUACGUAAAUAA